CACCAACCUGACACGGGUAAGCGCUGGCGGAGGGACAACACAUGUGCUCACCAGGAACUUCAACUCCAUUCCUGCAACUGGGGCUGCAAGGUCAAAGCAGGAUCUGAGUCAGGGCAGAUGAAACAGGACAAAUAAUAACUGGAGACUUGAGUGUCUCUCUGCAUUGAGUUGUGUGGGACUCUUCUUUGACAACAUAUCAUCAGGAAUAUGUGGCUCUUUAUUGUUACUGGUCUCCUGGUCCAUUCUGUUUUCCUGAUCUCCAUUUUUGACAUAUACUUCACCUCUCCUUUGGUCCAUGGCAUGACUCCUCAUCAAACUCUGCUGCCACCACCUGCACAGCGCUUAGUACUUUUUGUCGCGGACGGUCUGCGUGCAGAUUCACUUUAUGAACUGGAUAAGAACAGCACUUCUAAUGCUCCUUAUCUUAGGAAUAUCAUACAAUCCAAAGGCAGCUGGGGUGUAUCCCAUACUCGUGUCCCAACAGAAUCUAGACCUGGGCAUGUAGCGCUCAUAGCUGGAUUUUAUGAAGAUGUCAGUGCUGUUGCUAGAGGAUGGAAAGAAAACCCAGUGGAAUUUGAUUCCAUUUUCAAUGAAAGUAAAUACACGUGGAGCUGGGGAAGUCCAGAUAUUCUGCCUAUGUUUGCUAAAGGUGCUACUGGGGAUCACGUUUACACCAAUUGUUACAAAGCUGAAAGGGAAGAUUUUGGAGCAGAAGAUGCCACUUUGCUAGACACUUGGGUUUUUGAUCAUGUUAAGGAUUUCUUCAGUUCUGCGAGAAACAAUGAAACAUUGUUUUCUAAACUGCAUGAGCCGAAGAUAGUUUUCUUCCUGCACUUAUUAGGAAUAGACACCAACGGCCAUGCUCACCGGCCUCAUUCAAGAGAAUACAGGAAUAACAUCAGGACAGUUGAUGAAGGUGUAAAGCAAAUGGUUUCAGUGAUCGAGGAUUUUUAUGGGAAUGACGGCAACACAGCUUUUAUCUUGACUUCUGACCAUGGAAUGACAGAUUGGGGUACUCAUGGGGCCGGUCAUCCAUCAGAGACUUUAACGCCACUAGUUGCUUGGGGAGCAGGGAUCAAUUAUCCACAGAGAGUCACCUCGCAACGAUUUGGAGAUGAAUUUUUAAAAGAGUGGAAAUUGGAGACCUUGAAGCGGCAAGAUGUCAACCAGGCUGAUAUAGCACCACUGAUGGCUUCCCUUAUUGGAGUCUCUUUCCCCCUCAACUCCGUGGGAAUUCUGCCUCUGGAGUACCUGAAUAAUACUGCUCAUUUUAAAGCAGAGAGUAUGUUUACAAAUGCCGCUCAGAUUCUUGAACAAUUCAAGGUCAAGAUGGCUCAGAAGAAGAAUACCACGUUAUCGUUCCUGUUUUCACCAUUCAAGUCUCUCUCUGAUUCAAAGCAGAUCGACAUUCUCAGAAAAGCAAGGACUUUUAUUCAGCACGAGAAAUACGAGGAAGCAGCAUUGCUUUGCAGCAAGCUGAUUAGCCUUGCUUUGGAAGGGCUUUCGUAUUAUCACACAUAUGACAGGCUUUUCCUAGGCAUAAGUGUCGCCAUGGGUUUUGUGGGCUGGACGUUGUACGUGAUUCUGAUCAUUAUAAAGACACAUACAAGUCUGACCAAAAACAUCUCAAGGACUAAGACAGAUGGCAGUUUUUUCCAAUGUACGUUUGUCGCUGUAGGAGCAUCGAUAGCCAUUUUUCUACUCAUUCAAAGUUUGCCUUGGACCUACUACAUCUAUUGCCUAUUACCAGUCCCAAUAUGGUAUGCAGUUUUGAAAGAAUACCCUGUUAUUCAAGGACUGAUCACAUCUCUUUUAAACUUUCAACGAACUGAAUUUGUUGGAUUUUUAGUAUUUUGCACCUUGGGAAUCGAAAUAUUAGUUUUCUCCUUUUUCUAUCGCUCUGCUCUCAGUUUUGGCCUGGUUGCCUUUUCUGCAUGGCCCUUGGUCACUCAGCUGUGGACCCAAGCAAAGACAACUGUGCUGAGCUGGAUUCUUUCAUGUCUGCUUCUGGCAGUCUUCCCCUUGUUGCCUGUGGUCGGAAGAGAGCCAAAUAUCUCUCUAGUAACAGCAGCGGGCUUGCUGGUUCUGUUGAUGGCUUCAUCCUACGUGGUGGCAAGUCUAUGGAGAAGCAACAAGACAUACUUGCAUCAUGAGGAUCUCAAAAUAUAUCUCUUUCAGUUGGUGAGUCUGGCACUAUCAACAUAUGUUGUGAACAGUACACACAGCAGUCUUCACAGCAAACAAGGAGUGCCUGUAAUAAAUCAAGUUAUUAGCUGGACAACAUUAGCUUUAUCCUUGAUAGUGCCACUACUCAGCUCUACAUUUCUUUUCCUGCGGCUGAUGAGCAUAUUGCUUUCUUUGAUGUCAACAUACCUUCUGCUUAGCACAGGAUAUGAAGCCCUGUUCCCUUUGGCAUUGGCUUUGUUGAUGUUUGUGUGGAUAAAUCUGGAACAAGAAGCAGUACAACGUUAUGGAGUUUCACUUAAGCCAAAGCUUGCUGCUCUCAGCUUUUCGUACGCUACUGAUAUAGCGCAGUUUCGACAACUCCAUGUGGAUGACAUCCGGCGAUCUUUUUUCUUCGUUUUCUUCAUAGUGACAGCCUUUUUCGGUACUGGAAACAUAGCUUCUGUUAACAGCUUUGAUCCAACUUCGGUCUAUUGCUUCUUGACGGUGUUCAGCCCUUUCCUGAUGGGAGCUUUGCUCUUGUUGAAGAUUGCAAUCCCCUUUGUUCUUGUGUCAUGUGCUUUUGAAGCUGUUCAAGUCACAACCCAGCUAUCAUCUAAAAGGCUUUUCCUCAUUGUUCUUGUGAUUUCAGACAUUAUGGCUUUGCACUUCUUCUUUCUGGUUAAAGAUUACGGAAGCUGGCUGGAUAUUGGAACAAGCAUCAGCCAUUACGUCCUUGUGAUGUCCUUCACUAUUUUCCUGAUGCUCUUAAGUGGAGCGGCCCAGCUGCUCACUACGAAAAAACUAGCACUUUGGGAAGAAUCUAAGCACCAUCCGCUAUGACAAAUGACUGAGAUGCCCGUGUUGUUGGAACUUUCACUCUUCCUGAGGGACAAAACUAUGAGAUUGGCUGCUAAAAAUUCCUGAAGAACUUGAUGGCACAAACAACGGCUAGAUCCCCUUUCUCUUUGGAAUUGAACCUUGCCCCCACCCUCUUUCUCUCGCUCUCGCUCUUUUUUAAAGGAAGGGGAGAGGAAAAGAUCUAUAGGCCUCCUGCCGGAAAAUGAAUAACGAUGUGUCCUGUUUCCAUGUUAAGGAUGAGUACUGAGGUUGAUUUCUCAGUUGGGAUUCAAAUGGGUGACAGGGAAGGAAAUUAGCUCUUGCUUGGAAGGCAGAGCAAAACAGUUCCAGGCCUGCUGGCCACAGGGCAGGUGUGCGUCUCGUCCAUUGUCUCUUCAAAUCAGUGCCUAUUUUUGGACCAAAUAAUGGACUGCAGUGCCAAGAAUUUAGCAUGCUCUGAGAUUUAUUGCAGGCUAUUUUUCACAUCUUGAGGUUAAGAUCAAGUUUAGAGACUUGCAUAUGAUGGGAUGAGACUAAAGCUUGAGUUCUUCUAUUUUUUUUUAAGUAUGUGUCUGUGUAAAGAACACUGGAAAAUGCCUUCUACUGAGUCAGACCUUUAUCAAGCUCAGUAUUGUUGGCACUGACUGGCAACAGCUCUCUAGACUUUCAGUCAGGGGUCUUUCUUAUUCUUACCAGGAGAUGCCAUGGAUUGAAACUGGGACGUCCUGCAUGCAAAGCACCCACUGAGCUAUUUGAAAAGAAAAAUAUUAACUUUUUCCUGCUGCUAGAUAUUCCCCCAUACACUUGAAGGACCCAAUUUUCUCUUCAAACUGAAGCAUCAAAAGAUUCCUGCAAAGACCUUGUUUGUCACAGUUAGGCUGAAGGAUAGUGACUUGCCCAAGCUCUCCCUUGCAGCCCUUGCAGAGACUGAAAUCCACCUUUCCCCACCCAAACUCUUAUCCAUGACACAGACACAAAAUGCUCCAUCGAAGGAAAUUGGCAAAUUGUAAAGCUACAGAGAAUGAAAAGUAUGUAGGAUAAGAGAGUCCUAUUUUACAUGCUUGUUGCACCCAUGAGGUCAAAGGUAUGCUGGAAUUCACAGAACUGGUAGUCUGGGAAAUGGCAUAAGGGUCCAUCCAGUCCAGCAUUAUCUUCACACAGUGGGCAACCAGCUGCCUGUGAGAAGCCCACAAGCAUGGUAUGAGUGUAACGGCACGCUCCCACUUGUGUCCAUUAGCAACUGGUGUAUGUAGACAUUCUGCCUCUGAUAGUGGAGGUAGCAUAAAGACUAGUCGCCAUUGAUGACCUCAUCCUCUAUGGGUUUGUCUAAUUCCCUCUUAAAGCCAUCCAGAUUGGUGGCCCUCAUUAUAUCUUAUGGUAGCAAAUUCUAUAGCUUUAACUAUGCACUUUGUGAAGAAGUGCUACUUUUUAUCUGCCCUGAAUCUCCCACCAAUAAGCUCCAUAGGAUGACCAUGAAGACCCAAUGUCUUCAUAGGUGGCUACCUAGUCAACGCUUGCAAUCCUCUGUUCCACAAAACAUCAGUUAGACAAAAGUUUAUAUCUUGACAUUGUUGAAAUCCAAAAUUCCUGCUCUUAAUUUGCUUAUCUUUUAAUGUAGGUCUAGUGGACUUUUAACAGUACAAUCCCAUGUGUCUCCCCAGUGAAUUCAAUGGGGCUUAGUCCCAAGUAAGCAUCUGUAUCUGGUCAUCUUGCUUCCUGUGCCUGCACCUGUUGGUUUGUUCUGAGAUAACCAAGUUGUGGGCAUGGAUUGAUUUCAGUCAUCUCCUGACUUAAACACAUAAUACAAAUGUCUCAAAUGGAUAUUUCACCUAUGGUACACUGUAGUGGGAAGCAAAUUUAGCUCUUUGGCAGUUCUUGUGUUGAAACCUUCAUGCAUUGGUGACUCUGAGAACCAUCAUUCUUCUGUUGCUUGGGGACUGGCUUGUGUGACCCCUAGAUCUGUGCAGUUCUUAGGCUAUGGUUUAGUCAUAGCCUACCAAUAAACUCCAUUGUCUUGUUACUCUUCGUUACAUGCUAUAAGACAGCCUUCCCCAGCUUGGUUCGCUCCAGAUCUUUUGGACUACAACUCCCAUCAUCUCUGACUAUUGGCCAUGCAGGCUGGGGCUGAUGUUGUAGUUUAAAACAUCUGGAGGGCACCAGGUUGGGGAAGGCUGCUGUAAGACAUUUAUUAAACAGCCUGCCAUUGAUGAAUGGUGCAAAUUUUGCAACAUGAGAUGAAACAAUAAACAAGUUGGUGCCAUUUCAACAUACCUACCUCAAAUAAUUUAAUUCUUUAAAAGAAAUAAAAUUUACAGAUAUUGAACUUCUAAUAUCAGUUACAGUAGUAGUCUUAAAUAAU